UCGAGAGAGAAUUCCCGCAGUUCGAAGGAGGUGGUUUUGGGAGAGGAGGUCGAGGAGGCAGUUGGCUCCCCAAGCUGGCGAAGCUGGAUCAUUACGUGAACACAAUGGGCUACCUGACAAAGAGAUUCAGCAAUAGUUGUAUGAACUUCUGCGGGACUGCGUUUAUAUGCUGCCCCGCGCUUCGCGCGCGCUCUCGAGUACCCGUGAAGCGGUAUCGCAAGCUGCUCAAGGAUCUCUUCAGGAACCCUGAUGAACCCCCCAACGACAGAAAGAUUGGCAAACUGGGAGACUAUGCGGCGAAGAUGCCCUCUCGAGUGCCGAAGAUUGUCAAUUGGUUGGAGCAACGAGGGAAGAAAGAGCUGCAUGCCCAACAGUACAACUUCGUUGUGAUCGUGAUGAAAUCCUACAUAAAGCUGCUGGAAAGCUGCCACGAACAGAUGUCGUUGAUCUCAAGCAAAACAGUUAGUAUGAUUCGGGAGCUUCUGAAGAAUGAACAAGAUGACAUGAGAAUACUUGCUUGCAACACUCUUGUGGAUUUCAUUCAUGCUCAGACCGAUUCAGCAUAUAUGCAUGCUUUGGAUGAGCUGGUUCGUGAAAUGUGCCUGAUUGCCAGGGAGGCGGGAAGAGACAGGAAGCAAGUCGAGCUACGAGCUGCUGGGCUUCACUGCCUGGCGGAAAUGGUUUUUUAUAUGGGGGAGCGUUCACAUAUCCCUGCAAAUUUUGACGAGAUAGUAAAUGCAACUCUGGAUAAUUACAAGGUGUCGAUCUCCGAUGCCGAUAUCAGUAUUGACAUUCCUGCCGAGCAAAGCCGUGCAACUCCAUUACAUCCCCAGACUCGACAGCCUAGUCAACAUGUGAGGUCGAAGUCGUUUAGUCAGGCGGUCGGGGAGGGUGUCGGCGGGAUCGUAAGGGGCGCCAUGGAAAAGCUUUUGUUACACAAGGACCAGCUAAAGGUGGACCCGGGAAGUCCUGAGGGAUUCGCAUUACUGUGUCUUCAAAAUAUGGCACGGAUGGCAAGGGAGGCGACUACUGCGAAGAGGGUGUUGGAUCCUGUCUUUCGAUAUUUCGACAGCAAUAAGCAUUGGGUAAAAAACAGGAAGCUUCCUGUGGAGGUUAUGUGGGACAUUUUGGACGUGAUGGAAAAGGCAAUGCGCUCAGAGCUCCUGAUCGCUGCCUUAGUACGCCACCUGGACAGCCGGAGCGCAGUUGAAGACCGCAGAAACAAGAUAGCUAUUGUGAGAAUCAUUCUCAGCCUGGUGAAGAGAUCAAAGACAAAGUCGUCAAUCACUGAGGUUAACGUUGUAUUGCAGGAUUUGUCCCGACAUCUUCGGCGCAGUAUGGAGGAGUACGAGAAGCUUCUUGAGACUGGCACCAAUGGCAGGUAUACAGAGGCAGCCAGAGAGGACCUCGAGGAGCAUUUGGAGUUACAGAGCAGCAUUGAGGAUUGUCUCGCGGAGCUUGUGAAGAAGAUUGGUGAUGAAGCUCCAGUGCUCAAUACAAUUGCAACAGUGCUGGAAAAGCUCGCAGGGUCACCGGCAACGACAAGGAGCACAAUUCAUGCAAUGGAGGUGCUUGCGAAGACGGUAGCAGAUUUGCCGCCACCGCCGCAGCACUCACAACAUGCGUUCCCAGAGGCUCUAUUCCAGCAACUGCUGCAAGUGAUGGCGUACCCAGAUACAGAGACAAGGUGUGGCGGGCAUAGGAUCUUUGCAAUCUUGAUGCCACCUAUUCCAUCUCCUACAGUGGCAAGACCGCAGGGUGCAGUUGCCUCAGCAAUGGCACAGGCGAAGGCACGGUUUGAAAAGCUGAUAGGAAGGGACAAGAGGGCAGAGGAAGAGGGAACAGAGAUGGGAAGAGGGAAGGAGGAGGACGCAGCUGGGAUUGAGAUGGUAGCAGCUGUGGUGCCUCAGGGCCGCUCACGGCUGCGAAGUCGCAGCUAUCGGCAGCUGGGCGUCGUCAUCGGCACCAGAGUUAGGGGCAGUCGCGUAGGGGACAAUAGCAGCAUCGUAGGGGUUGGCGAAAAUAUGACCGCGGGGCAGGCAAAUCCGCAGGAGUUGCAUUUCAGCAGCCAUCAAGCAAGCUUGCUGCUCUCCUCCUUGCAUCACCAGGCAGUCAUGACAGAUAACUUGCCCGUCAACUAUGAGUGGAUGGGAUACACAUACUGUCUUGUUGCUCACCACUCUAAGCCAAAAACGACAAGUUCGAAUACAAUGCUGAGGGCUAUUCAGCUGGCGCUCUCCGUGCGGGCCACAGCCCUCCGUUCUGAAACGGCGUUGCAACCAGUGAGGCGUCAGUCCCUCCUCAUGCUCGGGACUGCCAUGUUCGUGGCAGCUGCAAAGGUGUAUGGCUUUCCUCAAGUGUCAGCUUAUGCAAGAAACAUAAUCACUGAUGAUUCGAAAUGUCCUUUCCUAGAGUUGAAUAGUGAGGAAAGACUACAAGUUGUGGGUGGGGUGCAGGCAAUGGCAGUGACUGAUGCUGAGUAUAGCUCCAGAGGGCGUAAUGAGGCAGCUUCUCAUGCUCUGUCUUCGAUUGCUAUUCAUCCGUCGGAUGACCUUGCCUUACUUGUUGAUAAAAUCUGUUCCACCCCAGGGCUUGUGGAGAUGGAAGGCUCUGAUUUCCGGAUAAAGCUUGUCGAGCCUUUCACGCCGGACGAUUCCUUUGCACUUCGGCCUCGACGCUUCAAUCAAGCGUCCCAUCAGUCAAGCUCAUCAAUUCACACGGAUAUCCCAGAUCUAGACGUUGCAGAACCCAUCGAACAGGAUCUCAUGGACCGCAAAGCUCCUCAGGAUUCAGGCAUUUCACCACAGAGCGUGGAGGAACUUGUGCAGCAGUCGAAGGAGACGGCAAGAGAAGAGGAGAGGGCAGUCUCGACGAUCCCAUCGAAACCUCUACCGUUCAAUGUGAUAACAAAUCAAGCACAGGCAGUGUCUGUGACUGCAAGGCAAAAGCUGAAAUUGAUUCUAAAAAAAGACGUUAUGUCACCCUCGAUGUCGCCGUUGAACUCGCCGACAAUUGCUGGAGGUUACGGUGCCGGGUUUAUGUCGGACGCGGAGCUGAGUGGAGGGCUUGAGGGUGGCGAUGGACGGUUUGAGGGGCCCAACGUUCCCAUGGAGUUUGAUGCAUUCUUCAGGCUUGCUGGACUGAUUGCGUUGCAUUUGUCAAAUUGUUUGAAGCUCUCGUCUGUUGGGAUGGCAUCUAGUCCUCCAGGUGUCGUCUCUUUGCACGCCAGAACGAUUCGCUGCUACUCCUCAAGCCGUCGUCUGUUGGCAUGGAAGAACGAGGAGCGGCUAGUCCUCCAGGUGCUUCUUGCCUCCAUUUCUGGUGUGGUUUCUGUAUGUAGAACGUCGCCAUGCAGUCCGACCCAUUCUUUGGGCUUGCUGCACUGGCUGCCUUGCAUUUGUCCAUCGUUUGAGGCUGUCGUCUGUUGGCAUGACAGGAACGUUGCCACACUGUUUGACGCAUUCUUGAGGCUUGCAGGACUGGUUGCUUUGCAUUUUGCUCAUCGGUUGAAGUUCUCGCUCUGUUGCACUGGCACAGAGAGUGGUGGGUAUUUCCCGUGGCGAGGUAAUCUUGCCUCCGUUUCUGAUGGAGGUUUUUUGUACGUAGAGUGUUCCGAUGGACUGGUUGCUUCGCAUUUGCUCAUCGGUUGAAAGGUCUCACUCUGUUGCAUUGGCACAGAGAGUGGCGGGUGUUUCCCAUGGCGAGGUAACCUUGCCUCCAUUUCUGAUCCAGGUUUUUUGUACGUAGAGUGUUUCGAUGGAAUCGUCUUCCACUUCCAUAUGCCGUGGCCGAUGAUAUGUAUUUUUAAGUUCUCUUGAUGCUUUCAUUGGCCUUCCAUAUUUAUUUAGCAAUCUACGGGUCGGGGAAGAAAGUUGGGCCAUCACCUGUCGGUAGAUUUUGUCGAUGUAGAGCCCGAUCCAGAUCGGUACCUGGAGCCGACACAACGGAAUCGAACCGGUGACCUCGCCCAUAACAGCCAGGCCAGCACCUGGGUUGGCUUGCUCUUCUGGAACAUGCCUCUUUUCUUUGGAUGACAAUGGAUGUUAAUGAUGAUACACACUGCAGCAUGUCAUUAGUGUGCCAGCAGUUCGUGGUAACUUGUGACCACGAUGUCUUCGAGCGGCAAAGUGUGGAUAGAAUUGAUUGGUGGUGUGGUCAAAGUAGACUUUUAUUUUGUUGGUUUGGCAAUAACAAGUCGGUGCGGCAAUUUGGCCCAAAGGCAGUUGUUCGGGUGAGGGCAACGCCAAGAGUUUCGUUGGGAAGAGGAGAGAGGGGGAAUUAGGGACCUUGUCUUGCAAGUCUUGAAACAGUCUGUUGCAGCCGACAUGGCGUGGAAGAUGGGGAUAACCCCGGAGGGCAGCAUAUUUAGACGCAGCAAGCAAGGUGCGCGUGGAGAAAAAAGACCGGAGCAGGGCGAGAUAUUUGUAUGUGGUCCUUUGUGGGUCCAGCAGCAUCCUUUGCCGUUGCGUCCGUUUUGCCUGAGGCAGCGGAUCAGGCGAGGAGAAAGGUCGGAGAUUAGUUCUCUGACAUUGUCGACAAUGAAGGGAUGGAGCGGCCUUGUCUUUCGAAAGAUUUUCUCCCAAAAGGAUUUUUGCGGCAUUAGAGAGCAGAGAAGACAGCAUAGACAAGUCAUGGAUCAACAAUUUAUAUACGCACGUACGUACGUUCAUGUGUACAUAGGUGGGAUGAUCCCUAGGUGGAAGCCGAUCCUGCGACCUUCAUCAAAAUGGCCGCGUGAACUAGAACGGCGACCAGUGUGGUGGACAGAUGAGCCUCUGCCAAUAGAGGCAUCACCUCCGAUUCACCUGUACCCCUGCUCUCGCUGCCUCCACAGUUGAGUCGUCAGUGUACCCUGCGUUCACUGCAUUUGGGUGUAUCGGUUUUCCUUCGGCCUAAUGCGAACAAUAAAGAAGCCAAGCAGGCAAGGAAAUAGACUAUGCAGCCAGGCGGGACUGCUCUGCCUCUUGGGCAAAGCAGCCGGCCAUUACUUCAUCUCGAUGAUAACAGCACAGCACUCAAUUGUUCGCAGCCGAAGGGUCUUUGUUAUUCGGAUAUCCCGCCAGUCCGAAGGGUCUCUCAGUCUUCAUCUCCUCUGUCCAUGGCUACUUAUGAUGGAUUGAAUUGAGUGGUAUCACAACAAUUUUUAUUUUGACAACUGACUCGUUGAUCUUGGGGCAGUUUUGGAAGAUUCCGCAUCAUUUUCAGCCUUUUCCGAAAGAGUGGAGGCCUGAGAGAGGAGAGUCCUUGCAUCGUCUUCUCUGUGAAAAACUGCUCAAGUGUCCGAUGUCUUUACUCCUCCUCCUCCUCCUCCUCCUCCUCCUCCUCAACGAUUUUCCUGUGGUUGGGAGGAAUGAGUGCCAUUUUAAGCCUUUUUCCAAG